AUGCGUCUCAUCCAGCUCCUCCCCAUCCUCCCAGCGCUUGCUGCGGCGCAAGAGCAGGUUCCCAUCGCGGAUCGUGUCCAGGGUUGGUUCAACAAAGCCAAGUCUUAUCUGCCGACGGCUACUCCGGUGAUCCCCGCCCCUGUUGAGAAGGUGGUCGAACAGAAGAUUCAAGAAAAGACUGUCACCCCUUUCAACCUGUCCAACUGGCAAUCCCUUCUGGCGCCAUCUGAUGAGCCUAAGGACUGGUUUGUCUUCAUCACCGGCGGAAACAAGACAUGCUUUGGACGUUGUCAUCAAGCGGAGAAAUCGUUUAAUGAAUCCGUUCUCCUGUUCUCUGCUGAUCCAACCUCGCCUAACCUUGGUUACCUGGACUGUGAAUCGAACAGGGUCCUAUGCUCUGCUUGGGCCGCUGGUUCUCCGUCCGUUUCGUACUUCAAGGUCCCUGCUCAGGUCGGCGAGGAGCGCCCUGCCACCGCUCAGUACAAUGUGUACUUCAACGCGACAACUGUAACGGCCGAGUCCCUUUACAAGAUUCACUCUGAGAAGACCUAUGAGAAGAAGGGCGAGUACGAGGGCUCCUUCCACGCCACGGAUAGCUGGCUUGCGGAGCGGGGACUCUUGGUCCCUGCAGGUUAUGUUAUCUAUGCAUUCAGUGCAAUCCCGAGCUGGCUGUUCAUGAUCUUCAUUAGCUUCUUCAGCCGGACCAUGAUCUUCCACACACCUUCCAAAAUGGCCGACCUAGAUCGCAUUUCCCCCUCGACAACGGCAUAUGUAGUCGCUACAGCCAUCAUCGCCGGUGUGACCGGCUACUUCAUCGGACAAGGCUCCUCGCUAGGCCUGUUCUCUUCGAAAGAGAAAGAAGGGUGGCCAAAUAGCUACAAUGUGAAAGUGCACCGAGACUCCUCGGACGAAGAGGCGGAAGAGGAAGAAUCCGACAGUGAGGACGAAGGCGAUGGAAGCGAAUUGGCCAACUUCGACAAAAGUGCUGAAGAAGUGAAGCUGGUUCUGGUUGUGAGGACCGAUUUGGGCAUGACGAAGGGCAAAAUCGCCGCUCAAUGCUCCCAUGCCACUCUCGCCUGCUACAAGUACCUCACCGUGCACUCGCCGAACUCGUCUAUGCUGCACCGCUGGGAGUCGCAGGGACAGGCUAAGAUCGCGCUACAGACCAAGUCGGAGGAGGAAAUGGAGACCCUGCAGGCGCAGGCUAUCAGCCUGGGUCUCUGCGCCAGGGUCAUCACAGAUGCGGGCCGGACACAGAUCGCCAGUGGAAGCAGGACUGUGCUUGGAAUUUUAGGACCAAAGAGUGUGGUCGACGGCGUGACGGGACACUUGAAAUUGUUGUAACCGUACUUCCAACGUUGAAUGAUAGCCCGAGUAUUUGUAGUUACUCCAACGCAUAUAGGACAGUGAGGUUUAGAAUCAACCUCACUACGCCUGAUUGUGCAUCAUACGAAGCACGCUCUCUGAGACCUUUACGAGAUAUCUGCUCAAUCGAUAUGUUACACUGCAAAGACAGUCUCCCAAUCACACCUAUCUAGUAUACACAACUGCAGCAAAAUUUACGUAGCAAGGAAAAAGUAUGUUGGCUGGCCAUGGUUUUUCCCUAACCUCAUGGGCCAACGGCCAAAUCGGUGAAGGGAGUAGGAAUAUGACGCCGCCGAGCACCAGGCUCUCCAGCCGAGCUCACCAACUCCGAAGGGAAGGGAGCUCAAGACCAGAGCGAACACCCAAUGUCGACCUUUAAUCUGAGAUCUGUCGACCGGAAAUAAUCGACCAUCCAUAAAUAUGAUGGCUCCUUAAGUCGUCGAACUGUCCAGCAAUCAACCGAGACGCAGAGAACAAGCCUCCACGCUCAGGAUCGCUGGACACAGA